GAUUUAUGACUAAGAAGGAAAAUCAAAGUAAUGAUGAAUCGCAGCAUCACGUGGACCUAAUGAAUGGGCCUUUAUCGGGUACUAUACACCCGAAUGAAACGCGUCUCAGCCACUUAAUAAAACAAGAGCGGCACAGAUUCCGGCAUUGCCUUCACA